UUCCUCCGCGGGCUCACGGCGCCUCCUGCAGGCCGGCGAUGCUCACUCCCGCACCGACAUGGCUGCUGCCGUCAGGACGGGGACGUGGAGCCGUCCGACCACGGCAGUUUUCUAUCCCUGGGCUGUGCUAUUUUUUGUUCUCCUCGGUGCCAUAGAAGCGGUAGACGCAGCACCCGAGACGGGCCUUUGGAAAAUCACAGUUGUAAAUACCUCAAGACCACUGCUGUUAAGAAAAUCCAUGUAUAAAGACACAGACAUUGAAUUGAAAGUCGUGCGUUUUGGCUGUCCCGAGGAAGUGUCCCUCUCUAUUCACUGGUAUUUAAAAUACUACCCAUGUCACAAUGAAUUCAACAACAUCGAAGAAAUGUACGGGAGGACCGCUCAGAGUCGCGGGGAGGGCCUGGACCCCAAUCCCCUCGGACAAGGCGAGUUCAUCGAGCACAAACACCGUCCCAUCAAAUGUAAUGACGGACUGCGCUCCUUUCCAAUGCUCAAAAAAGCCAAGGCAGGGCCGCGUCCUGUCAGUCCGCCGGUUGAGGGGGAAGUGCCUGAUGAGAAAGACACCUGGUUGAUUACAGAGGAGUACGACAGCCGCAGCGAUGGCAACAAAAGCAGUGCAAGUAUCCAAGACAACGUCAUAGGCACGACGUGGAGGGACGGGCCUUACUUGCUGGUUGUAAAGAUUGUGUCCAGUAAACCGAAUGCCAACUGGAAUUUAACACUGGAUGUGAUGAUGAAAGGCAGCCACGGCUACAUUUCUAUCACGGAGUGGCCUCUGAUGAUUUUCUACAUGGUGAUGUGCGUAGUGUACAUCUUCUACGCCCUGCUGUGGUUCAUCUGGGCAGCGUGCUACUGGAAGGAUCUGCUGAGGAUCCAGUUCUGGAUAGCCGGGGUCAUAUUCCUCGGCAUGGUGGAAAAAGCGGUCUUCUGUGCCGAGUAUGAAAACACCAACGCUGUGGGCUCUGCUUCCCCGGGCUUGCUGAUCUUUGCUGAGCUGGUCUCGGCCCUCAAGCGGACUUUGGCCCGACUGCUCGUCAUCAUAGUCAGCCUCGGCUAUGGCAUCGUGAAGCCUCGACUGGGGCAAGUAAUGCACCGAGUCGUUGGGCUUGGAAUCCUCUACUUUUCCUUUGCGAGCAUUGAAGGUGUCCUGAGGAUUACUGGGGGUCGAGACAAUGGCCCCGCUCUCAUUACAGCAAUUGUUCUGGCUGUUUUUGACUCCUGCGCCAUCUGGUUCGUCUUUGUCAGCCUUGCACAAACCAUCAAGACUCUGAAGCUGAGGAAAAACCCCGUCAAGUUGUCUCUGUACAGGCACUUCACAAACACACUGAUAUUUGCUGUCAUUGCUUCCAUCAUUUUCAUGGGUUGGAUAGCAAAGAAAUUCCGGCUCGCAGAUUGCCAGUCUGACUGGAUUGAGCUGUGGGUGGAGGAUGCUUUCUGGAGGUUCUUGUUCUCCGUCAUCCUGUUCGUCAUCAUGUUUUUAUGGAGACCGUCGGCAAACAACCAAAGGUAUGCUUUCACACCCCUCAUUGAUGACUCCGACGAUGAGGAGAUUGAGGAAUUCAUCGCCUCCACAAACAUCGCUGACGGCAUCAAGUUAAGAGCAUCGAAGAGUGAUGCCAAUGGUACAGCGAAGCCGCCAGAAAUAAAUCCAGAGGAAGACUUGAAGUGGGUGGAGGACAACAUUCCUAGCUCUCUCACGGAUGUAGCUCUACCAGUCCUGCUCGACUCAGACGAGGAAAUUAUGACGACCAGAUAUGAGAUGUCGAAGCUGGAGUAAGGCAACGCGUCCGCCAGAGAAGAGGCAGAAGACGGCAAAUGUCUUUGACUCGGCGUCUGCAGCAGUUUUCUCCCGUCGGGCGGAGGUGAUGGCGGAGUGCAGUUUGUUUUUUAGGACCCUUCCCAUACAGAGUCUACUUCGCAGGGUGGUGCAAGUCACAACUUAGGGGAGCUCUGCUCAUUUCCUCAACUACUAAGAGGAAAAGACUCUACCAGAGGAAAACUGUCUUUUCACUGACCAACUGGCUCACUGAUUCCCUGAUUGUGAUCAGUUUUGAGCCUUUCUUUCCAAAGAGUUUUUUUUUUUUAAUAUUAAGUGCUGUAUUUAAUUCUGGAAUGUUCAUGAUCAUAUAUGUUAUCAGAGCAUUAAGAGCAGUGGUCCUUAUGCCUGGACGUUCCCUCAAAUGUAUUUUGAGUGUCUUUUUCUGGGUAUCGCCAUGCUUUUUUGUUUUAAUAAAACAAAAUGAUGAUUUAUAAUGGGGAGCUAAUUUAAAGCCUUUUUUCCCUCCAAUAAUCAACAGCAGUAAUGGUUUAUUUAUUUAAGAUUUUGGACAGGCCAAAUUUAAGUUAAAUUUAUGAAUUAAUUCCAAACAGGAUUUUUUCUAUAUAAUUUCUUUCAAUAGAACAUUUCUUUCAUGCACUUUGAAGUUGAUGUCUUUGGCUCCAUGUAGUUCCCGAAGGAGGCCUGGAUUCUUGGUUCAUGUCUCUUGCAUCCUCAGUAUGGGUGUGUGAGUGUUCGGGGGGGUGAACCGCGAACUAUUUGAAUUUAAGUGUACCUGCGUUCAGAAAUGUAAAAUUGCGUCACAUAUAGAAGCUACUUUUUGUGUGUUCUGAAAUAGGGAGCAAUAUAACGUAUGUAUGUCAAUAUGGAGUUAAAUAAUUUCAUUAUUUAUUUGUGUUUCAAGUGUACUUCUAAGUUGUUGCAGAGUGUGUCCAUGUUUACUCUUGUGUGUCUACAAUGUUUGCUUCUGUUUAGUCGACUCGUUUGGACACUCGACAGUUUCACAAUCUGUUUGUUCAAUGACAAACUGCAGCUUCAUUUUUUUUUUUCUGCUGUAUUUAAAAACAAAAAACAUUUCGACUGUAUCGCAGGCGCUGUGAAGUCUUGUUUUAAGUCUUAAUAUUUUGUUUUCUAAAAUUGUCUGCACAGAUGUUUUGGACUUGCAAACACUGUCGUCAUCGUCUUCAUGUGUUGUUUUGGGAGUAAGUGUAACGGCAGGACAGUUAUAUACGGUGAGCAGGAGUGAAAGCUGAUCGCCGGGUUUAUAACGUCGUUAUUCAGUUUUUGUAUUUGUCGGAAAGCUGGAACGGUUGCGCUUUGGCCGGCAAGUUGUCCUGUUAUAUAAAACUGCAGACACCUGCAGUGGACCUCGUUUAUUUGUACAGAUGGGUAUUGCCUGAUUCCUGUUAUUGCGUAAUUCCGCAGGUAGAGCCGUGCCUGGAUAAUAUGAGUCGUCUUUUUCCUCUCACGAGUGUCAUGAAGAACUGGGCUUAAAUGUUUCAUACCAGCAGUUUUCUUCAAUCUUCCUACUCAGGAAGGGUUUCAAUAUUAACACUUACACAGAAGACUGUUAGUUUCUUUGUCUAUGACAUGUUCAUUUGGAAAUAAAACUACAUGUUUUA